UUGUUCAAUACUUCAAUCCAGUGUCGCAGAGAGAGAGAAAAUGGUGAAAGCAAGCGAAAUGGAGGGUGUUGAAGUACCUGAAGAGAUGAUGGAUGCAGUGAACCGUACUUUGAGCAGCGUUGAACAACUUGAGACCCAUUUGCCCCAAUUCUUGUCUCUCUCUGACCCUCAAUUUCUCUCUCAAAUGCCAUAUCUUGAACGUGCACACUCCCUCCUCUCCCUCGCCAAACUCACUUCCACCCUCUUCUCAUUGAAGUUGAGGUGCAGAGGGAUUAACCCAAAUGACCAUCCUGUCAAAUCGGAGCUUGACAAGUUAAGCGAGUACCAAAAGAAACUGGAUCGCCUGCAGAUUUUGAUUGAAGCACAGAAGCAAGAUGUGAGGAACAUAAGUAGAGAGGAGGAACUAAAGUUGAACUAUCAGGAGUGUGCUGGUCAAAAGAGGAAGUACCCAUCUUCUGAAGAACAAUCUGUUAAAACUGAACCCGAGGAAUUCCUGGAGAAAACAACUGGGGAGCUUCUUGGUAAUAAUGAUGGAAGUUUAAAGGGGCCAAUGGUAAUUGACAUUUCAGAUGAUGAUGAUGAAUGAGUUAACGGCGACCUAAUUUUCCCCGAAUUCUGUAUAUGUGAACUAAAUGGACCUGUGUUCAUGGGAGGGAAUAUCACAGGAUCCUUGUUGCUUUUUCUCCGCUUUUGGACGACUUUCUUAUCAAUUCUUGGUGACGCCUCCUCUAAAGAACUUUAUUGUUCUUAUUUUGAAGUGUUUGUAUUUGUAUUUGUAUUUGUAUUUGUAUAUAUGGAUAUGUUAAUGAAUAUGUGAUCGUUGGAAAGAAAGUAAGACUAGAGGAAUCAUUGAUCAUUGUAACCAAGUGGUUUCAUU